AUGUCGUUCUUCCUGAAUUUGGUUGAGUCGAAAGCUGUCGACGACAUCUGCGUAACCUACCCGCUUCCAGCUGGCAUUGAGCGGUCAGUAGUCCUGCGCAUUCUGAAUGGAAAAACUGCCGAGUUUGCCAGUAUGAGCGCUUCGGACUUACUAGCUGGUGGAGCCAUGGACGAUACGAAUCUCGCGUUCACCGAAGCUGAGCAGUUUUAUGCAAAGCAAGCCGCACGCUGGCCCGAGCAUUUAGACAUGGUGACUAUCCCAGCGAUUCUUCCGUUUCCUGACCCAGAGGACAAUGGCUCGCAAGAGUAUGUUCUCUUUUUCUCUGCGCUGUCUUCUUAG